AUGAAUAUAACGUCACCAUUCUCGUUCCUUUCAUCUUUGAUUCACAACUCGUCCAUAUCUAUCAAUGCAACAGACGCUGUCCUUUAUUUUCUUGGGCUUUAUUCCACUAUAAAAAUUUUGAAACUAUUCUUGGGCAAGGGAUUCUCUGAAAAACCUUUCAAUGCUCUUCCAGGUCCAAAGCCAGUGUCAUGGAUUAUGGGUAAUUUGGGCCAACUCUUCAAUGCGAAGGGCCUCCCGUUUCAUCAGUCACUCGUAGAUAUGUAUGGAGGUAUGGUCAGGGUCUACGGUUUCUUCGGAGAUGAGCAAUUGUACAUUGCCGAUCCCCGUGCAUUGCAGAGUAUUAUCAUUAAAGACCAAGAUUCGUUUGAAGAAACCGCCGUUUUCACCGAGACCAACAAAGUCAUCUUCGGUCCUGGUCUUGUGGCAACGACAGGUGAACAACACAAAAGACAGAGACGGGUUGUGAACCCAAUCUUCGCAGUCCCUCACCUAAAGAAACUGACACCAGUCUUUUAUGAUAUUGCGGAAAAGCUGGCCGAUGUGAUUCAGAGCGAAAUUGAUCAAAAAUUAUCGCACGCCAACGAAUCAAAAGAUUCGGGAAACUUAAAUAUUGGUCAAAAAGAUAGACGAGGUGCUGUGAUAGACAUGUCUGACUGGAUGUGUCGUGUGGCCCUAGAAUCGGUUGGACAAACACUCAUGGGAUACUCAUUUGACCCUCUGGACUCACCUUUCAACAACCCUUAUACUUCUGCGAUCAAAGAUCUCAUUCCAACUUUGUUCUCCCUGGCGCUUGUGCGUCAAUUUGCACCUUUCUUGGUGAGACUUGGUCCACCUUGGUUCCGAAGAAAAUUGGUGGAAUGGACGCCGCAUAAAGCUGUGCAAAAGGUUAUGAAAAUGUCGGACGUUAUGCACGAGACAGCUACAGAAAUUUUGCAAAAGAAAAGGGCACACCUUCAGCAAAGCGCUGAAGACCACGAGGACGAUGACAAGGAUAUCAUUAGUAUCUUAUUACGUCUCAACGACAAAGCAAAGAAGGAGGGCAGAGAGCAGCUCAGUGAUAUUGAGCUAACUGGUCAAAUGACAGUCCUCAUAUUUGGAGCCCAAGAUACAACGUCAUCAUGCUUAUCACGAGUUUUCCAUCUUCUUGCUAUGAACACAGAUGUUCAGGAUAAAGUUCGGCAAGAAAUACAAGAAAAAUGCUCUGAUGAAGGGCAUAGGCGCCUAGACUUUGACACGCUUUCCAAGCUUCCCUGGUUAGACGCCGUAGUCAAAGAAACCCUCAGAUUAUACCCACCCGUUCCAUUUGUCCGAAGAACAGCUGUAAAAGAGACAGUACUAGAAUAUUCCCAUCACGAAGACCACUCCAAACUAUCCUCAGUCAGAGUCCCCGCUGGAACUAUCCUCUUCGUGAGCAUCGCAGGUAGCAACCGAUUGGAAUCAAUAUGGGGCCCAGAUGCCAAGAAAUGGAGACCUGAGAGGUGGUUGGAGGAUAGUAAAGACUCAACUGCCGGUCGCCUACCUGGAAUUUAUUCUGGCAUGAUGUCAUUCCUUGGGGGUGGCAGAUCCUGUGUUGGGUACAGAUUCGCCCAAAUUGAGAUGAAGAUUAUCAUCGCAACGCUGUUGUUGAGGUUUAAGAUGACAUGCACGGAGGCAGACAUUGUUUGGAAUUUGUCACAGAUUAUAUCGCCCUCUGUGCGCACGGGUGACUUGAAUGGGGUACCUGAGGAAAGAAAGGGGCUGCCUUUAUUUGUUUUCAAUUGA